GGGAGCAGCAGGUCCACACCCAUAUAAGGACCAGAGCAGAUCCCUCACCUCAGACGGUGAUCUGCCCUGACGCUUAGUGUGGGUCGCAAGUCGUAAAGCAUGUCCCUUGGUUUGAUCGCCUCUCGCUUGGUGGCCGUGGCCCUGGUGGUGGUCGUGGCGUGCUCGACGACCUGGGCUCGCUCCCUCGAGGGGUCGUCGUCCCCCGUGGCCUCCCUCAUCAGGGGGCGCGGCCUCAGCAAGCGAGCAAACUUCGACCCUUCCUGCGCGGGCGUGUACGACCGGGAGCUCCUGGGGGGGCUGAGCCGCCUCUGCGACGACUGCUACAACGUGUUUCGCGAGCCCAAGGUGGCCACGGAAUGCAGGAGCAACUGCUUCUACAACUCGGUGUUCGUCCAGUGUCUGGAGUACCUGAUUCCGGCCGACCUGCACGAGGAGUACCAAGCCCACGUGCAGACGGUGGGCAAGUAGGCUCGGUCGACCUGCCACGACCUGCUUCCCGAACUUACACCAACGGCCAGUGGACGCAGAGGGGGUUUUAGGAUUUGUUUAGGGGUAACUGGCGCAUUUUAUCGAUCCUGUACGGAUUUGAUAUGACUUUUCAUAUACUAGAUUGUGAUGAACCACUUAAUGAAGUAUGUUGGAAU